CUCAGUCAUGUGUCGGCUCUUCGCGGGUUUGUACGCUCGAUCCUAAGUCAGCACGCCGCACGUGGGUUGUCACCAUGAAUUCGGUCGCGUAUCUUUUUGCUUUGGUGGUUGUCACCCUGGCUAGGAACAACCACUCGCGUAGACAGGUAUCCCAAGGGUACCUACCCCGUUGUAGGUUUGACGAACAUAUUUUAAAAAAUCACGAGCUUUUCGCGGAGAAAAUCAAGGGUGCGCACGUUGUGUUUACGGGUAAAGUAGCCAGUGAAGUGGUUGUUGCUAAUGGUACUAUGAAGUUCCGAGUGAUGGUGCGGCGGUACUUCAAGAACGUCCUUGGGUUGCCGAAGAAUAAGGAGGUUAGAGUGUUAAAAAUUUCGAAUGAAGGGGAGGGAGCGAAGUGCCGUCAACCUGUCAGGAUGAAAUACACCGCAAUUUUUGUUGGACGUAAAGCACAGAAUAUCCAAGGUGUUGAUGUGGUACUCAUCAUGUCUCCAAUCUCAGUCACAUUAACUAAUUUGGAUAGGGUCAGCGAAGCUACCAAAGAAAUGACCUACAUACGAGGCCGAGAAGUCGUUCUGGAAUGGGAAGAUUACCUCGUGAUCAUCUUCACCGCUUUGGUCCUCACGCUAUGGACAAUGCCGCUGUUACGCUACUUCUUCUCAAACUAAGUGCUGAGCUACUAUUUCAGUUGUUGUCUGUAGAUGAUAAUGAUUGUUGUGACAAUGAAUUCUGUAUAAAUUGUCUUAAAGGUU